AUGAGCCUCCAGGGUGAACUCGAGAGCACUAUUCAAGACAUCGUUGCAAUAUCCCAGUAUCCCGGAAAUGCGUACCGACUAGACAACAGCAAAUCUGCGUGGGUGAACGAGAGGGGAGCCUUCACAGCCGUGGACUGGGUCCGCGACUGGGACAAGGGCAUUAAACAGCUUCAGGUCACUGUGACAGCGAAGGACAUCUUUGGAUGGUCCGCAAGGUUUCACAAUCGCGCGCAGUGGCGAGGUCUCGAGCUUUUUGACUUUCACGAUGGAUACUUUGACAACGCGUUAUCCGAGACGCAUGGGGAUCUGUACAUGUCUGAAGGAGACAGUAUGGUAUGGUCCUCCGCGCUGGAAUUGUUGAAAGGCGCAACGGAGCAGUUUCGCGACGAGAACGGUGCUCUUCUCUAUGAUCUGUAUACAUGCUCCCGAAGGGACUUUGUCGACCAAUUUGUGUGGCGCUCAAUACAAGCAAUCAUUUUCUCUUGGAUAGAAGACAUGGCCUCCUCCUCUCUGGAGGCGGCCUUAGCGACGGAAUGUGCGGAGGGGCGGUAUAGGGGCAUGAUAGUCACCGGAGUGUACCAUAUUGACAAGGUCGACAAGCUCACUCACCAUUCGAGUUGUUGGGACUUGGACAAGGAAGAGUCGAACUGCGAAGACAUAGACGACAACGAAGGCGAGACGGACGACGAGUGUCUGCUGUCUGACUCUGAAGACUCGGAGCUCCAGAGUACCUUCAGUGAUGAUAGCCAGUCGUCUUGA